UCUGGGCGGCGCUGCCCCCCGCGUCCCCUCCGCGUCCUGCCGGGAUGCGGCGCGGUGCGGGCGGAUCUCCGCUCUGCUCCCGUCGGCCCAGCGCCUCCCGGGCCGAGCAGCGCGGCGGGGCCGGCAGCCAUCCCGCUGCGGGGAGGGGCCGGCGGGGUGGGGAGGGCGCGGGAGGCGUCGCGGCUCACUGUCCCCUCCCUCCAGGUCCCCCCAAGCGGUUCCCGGUGGCGGCGGUGGACGCCAUCCUGCAGGCCGUGCUGGAGGGCUGCCUGCGGGAGCAGCGCUACGAGCCGGGGCUGUGCCGGGAGAUGGCCGCGACCGUCAGCGAGGUGAUCAAAGCUCGGGUGAAGGAGCUGGUGCUGCCGAGGUACAAGAUCGUUGUGGUGACACACAUUGGGCAGCUGAACGGGCAGGGCAUGCAGAUCGGCAGCAGGUGCCUGUGGGAUCCUGCCACGGAUACCUUUUCAUCCUAUGUCUUCAAAAACUCCUCGCUGUUCGCUCUUGCAAUUGUCUACGCUGUCUAUUUCGAAUAGCAAAGUCGCUGCUUCUAGCAGCAGGAGAGCUGGAUUUCAGUCCAGGUGCUCCUGAUGCUGAGAGCAGCAGUGAAGGACCAAGGCAACAUUCACCUGCUUAGAAGCGUGGCUCCCCUGAGCCAUCACUGCGUUCUGCAGGGCUUUCCCUGGUUAGUGAUUCUAUGUAGGAUGCCAUUUUGCACCUUUAGCUGCUUUCAGCACCAGGUGUCCGUCUCACACUUUGUCUCCUUGAAUUUCCUGUGAGCUUGUGAUCCUUCAAGAAACCACGGGGUGAUCUUUUAUAAUGCAAAACAAAUGCAUUUGGAACCAACACACACGAUGAUGGGGCAGCUCAGCCCUGGCCCGUGCAACCACUGCCCUGCUCACACAGGGUCCCAUCGUGUGGCCAUGCAGGAGAUGGCUGAACUGUCCCAUCAUUUUCCAGAUCGAGCAGUAAAUGGAUCUUACAUGGAUCAUGUUUGGAGUAUCUCCAUCCCACACGUCUGGCCCCUUUUAUGCCCUGUCCACUGGGCAGAACAUCAGGUACAUGGGCAAUAAAUCAUGGCUCCUCCUGCAUGUUUUGAGGGUGGCCGGGGCUCACUGUGCUGCCUGCUGCAGCGCUCCCAUGCUGAGCUGCCCUGCAGAGCACCGUGUGCUCAGUGCUGUUCUCACUGCAGUACCUGAAGAUGCUGGUUGUUACCCCCAUCUCAAGGUGAUACCCAGCCCCAAAAGCUGCUCUUGGAUUUUUUGUAGCUUGCUGUGUUACAGCUCCUUAUGUGCAAAGACAGCAGUUAGAUGGGAGGAGAUGGUUUGUGUUUGCUUCAAAAAUUUCAGUGCUAAAACACUGUAAUACUUUGUAGAACCCCAACAAACCCACCUGAGCUGUCGCUGCAGCUCCUAACGCUCAGCCUUUGCCCCUCCGCGUACUCGAAAGAAUAAAGGUACAACUAAAGAACACA